AUGUCAAAGAAGACUCCUCCACCCACUUCUAAUUUUUUAACAAGGGUCUUCUCACGACCUUCAUCCUCCUCUUCAAAGACGAAACCCAAAUCUAAGAAGCCAUCAACCAAAACAUCCUUUUUAAAACCCUGGAAAAAUAAUUCUCAACUCGCUGCAUAUACAUCAAAAAAUUCCACGACAAUAUCAUUUUUAACAAUAAAUAUUAAUUCAACAGAUAUAUUCGGUAUAAGCAUAUUAUUUAAAGAAAUAUCAGCACUAUUAGAUAUACAUUUUACAUUCCUUUCAAAGCAACCAGACUUUAUCAGAUGGUUUAUAAUAUUAUGGGAAAUGACGGUUGUUUCUAUAUGCAUAUUACAUUUAGGAAGGUUGCUUGAUAUUUUAUGGAUUACAACUAAAUUAAUUGAUGACGGAGCUAGAAGCUUUGUAGACUUAUUAUUUGGGAUAAUUGUUGCGACAUAUAAUUUCUUUACUUAUAUAUUUUAG